AAAAUCAGCGCGAACUGCUCUCUCACUAUUAUUACACAACUCCAUCACUCAACAUAUAAUACAACAACAUAGGAGUAAAAUUUGAUCAUCGUCCUCAAGUAAAGUAAAGUAAAGAUGGGGGACCCACAAACUCCAAUUCCGCUGCCGGAGAGAGUAGAAACAAUGAUCGAGCAGAUAUGCAAGGAGCAGAAGCAGCCACACCCCGACGCCGAUGCUCGUAAAAUAUUGGCUUCCAUCGGUGAAGAAAAGUCGCUUCACAUGCUCACCAUCAUCUCGCAAACACAGAUCAAAAAAACUUUUAGUGGGUUUAUUAAGUACUUGCUCAAAAACUACAGGCCUAAGCCUCUUUCUCAUGCUAUGUCUCCCAAAUCAACCUUAUCAACUCCUCAUAAGCGAACCCCUUCUUCUGUUUCAGGCUGGGAUGAUAUCACCUCCCACUCUCCGAUCCUGAAGCAGUUCCUUCAGUCACCUUGUUCCAAUUCAGACAAGGCAGUUACGCCCAUAGCAAUUGGUGCUUCUUCCUCCACCAAUGUGCAGCUGACAGGCAUCUCUGUAGGAGAGCAUUCGUUGGCCUCCCCUUGUUCAACUUGCGGGAAUUCAUAUGCUAAUCCAAGAAAGAAAUUAAGAUUCUCACCUCAUGUCAGUAUAAACCGAGAAAGCACUUCCGCAAUUAGUAAACAAUGGCAGAUCUUGUUUGAGCUUGAGUUCCGAAAGAUUUUCCUUAUUUUAAAUUACAUCGGAAGGCUGAAGCUAGAAGAAGUUGUUUCCGAAGAAGACGCAUACAAGAUUCUACUUAUGAAAAGUUACCCCAUGGAAAGAUUUGAAUCACAACUUUGGACCAUGUACAACGGUUUUUCUUUUGCUGGAACCGUGUCAACAGACAGGAGGAAGUAUCUUGAUUGGGAGUGUGGCGAAACACAUCACUAUCAUUGUCAUGUUUGGCAAGAUGGAAGUUUCAGCUUCAAGGGUCCAUUUCUGAAAACAACAAAGACCCUUCUGCAUAGGACAUUCGGUGAUGAAAAUAUAUUGAUUGUGAAAUUCGAAGAACAGGCAAGAGGUGGUUCUUCCAUAAUUUCUGGUGAUCAUAAUGCUUUUUAUGGCAGGGUUGCAAAAGAGGGCAUACUUGUUGGUCAGAGGCGCUACCGUUUCUUUGUUUUUAAAGAUGGAGAGAGGAAGGGCAAGAAAAAUUCCCCCACAACAUCAGAUGUAAAAUGCUACUUUAUUCGAACGGAACUUAUUGCUCAUUGUGAUACAAAAGAUCCUUUUAAUUUGUUCAACAAAACAAUGCAUGAAGCAAGGUGUCUUUUCAUGCAUCUUCACACAACACCAACCAUGGCCAAAUAUGCAUCUAGGUGUUCUCUGAUUUUGUCACAAACUAUAAAUGUUGAAGUCAAUCUUGAUAGAGUACAUAUUGAAAGAAUUGAGGACAUACCGUGCCGGAAUGAAAACGGCAUUAAAGUUUGCAAUGAAGAUGGGGACCUUUUGAUUCAAACUGAUGGAACUGGUUUUAUAUCCGAAGACUUGGCAAUGAAAUGUCCCCGGGCACUUCUUAGUGCAAGAUAUAGGAAGGCUAAAGAGUCCGAGAUGGAAGAUGCAUCAUUAGAAGGGAAACUGACAGAUGCUCAUGUUAGGGAACCGCCUCUGCUGAUGCAAUGCCGUCUAUUCCAUAAUGGCUUGGCAGUCAAGGGAACCCUCCUUGUCAAUAGAAAGCUUCCGCUUGGAACAAUUCAGAUUAGACCAUCCAUGGUUAAAGUUGAGGCUGAUCCUAACUUUGAAGGUGCACCAUCCAUAAACUCCUUGGAAGUGGUUAACAUAAGUCGCAAACCUGGGAAAUCAAGGUUGUCUAAGUAUCUGAUUGCCUUGUUGUACUUGGGUGGAGUCCCGGAGCAGUUCUUCAUGAAUAUAUUGGCAGAUGCACUGGAAGAUUCUCAAAGGUUAUUUUCUGAUAAGCGUUCUGCAGUGAGAGCUUCAGUGAACCAUGGUACUAUAGAUGAUGAUUUUACCACGGCAAGAAUGAUCUUAUCCGGAGUUCCUUUGGAUGAACCUUGUGUUCAGCAUCGUUUAUCUCAUUUGGCGUAUUCAGAAAGGAAGGGGCUUCGACAAGGAAGGUUACCAAUCAGUGAAAGCUUCUUCUUGAUGGGGACAGCUGACCCUACCGGGCUAUUAAACAGUGAUGAAGUUUGCGUUAUCCUCGACAAUGGUCAAGUUUCGGGAAAAGUGUUGGUUUAUCGGUUUCCAGGACUGCAUUUUGGGGAUAUACAUGUUUUAAAUGCUGUGUACUUGAAGGAACUGGAAGAUGUUGUUGGGAAUGCUAAAUAUGGUAUAUUUUUCUCUACCAAAGGUGAAAGGUCAGUUGCGAGUGAGAUUGCUAAUGGAGACUUUGAUGGAGAUAUGUACUGGGUCUCUAGAAACAAUCAGCUGUUGCAUUAUUUUAAGAAGAGUACACCAUGGACGCGAAUGCAUCCAUCACCAAAUAAAUUCCAAGUAAAGCCUAGCGACAUCCCUAAUGAUGAAUUGGAGCAUAAACUUUUCAAACUAUUCUUGGACACAAAGAAUCAAAACAUUAGCAUGGGGGUGGCAGCUGAUAGCUGGAUGGCUUUUAUGGACAAAUUUCUGACACUAGAUGAUAAUUCUGUUGAAAAGAAUAAGUUGAAGAAAACAAUACUCAAGCUGAUCGACAUUUACUAUGAUGCUUUAGAUGCCCCUAAGACUGGAAAAGAGGUUACGAUUCCGAAGGAAUAUAGAGCGGACUCUUACCCACAUUAUAUGGAAAAGGGUAAAGCGUAUGACUCUACCUCUGUUCUUGGAAAGAUAUGUGAUGCAGUGGACACUUAUGUUCCUAAAAGAGUGUUGGCAUCUGAGAUUAAAAAACUUCCCCUAUUUGAGCUUGUUCCGAUCCCUGAUGCCAAGUUGAAGUUCUGGAAGGAAAUAUAUGACAAUUACAGGACUGACAUGUCUUCUGCAUUGUCUUCCACGAAUCAGUCAGAGAUGAAACCUGCUGAUGAUGUUUUCAGCAAGUACAAGAAGAUUCUUUAUGGCGCUGCUGACUUUGAACAAAGUCCAAGAAAAUGGGACGAUAUCUAUGUAGAUGCGGUUGCCCUCUAUCAUGCUUGUUAUGACUAUGCUAGGAGCAAAGGAGAUGUCACCAAAUGCAAUUUUGCUUGGAGAAUUGCAGGUCAUGCUCUGUGCAACUUUCAUGUAGCAAAAUCAGCAGAAAAGUCCUCCAUGUUUUAUAGUUUGCCGUCUGUUCUUGGGGAAAUAUUAUGAUCUAACUGGGAACUAGGAGGUGCUGCAGCCUCAGUUUUAGGAUCCAACUACCAUAGUUAACUUGGUAUGUGAGCUUGUGUGUUUUAUCAUUUAUGUAAUGGAUUAACGUGUAUUUCUGUGUAACCAAAACACAUGUGUAAUGUAAUUGUAUUAUGCGGAAGUGUAGUGAAAAUAGUACUGUCCCAUGUAACUGUUUUUCUUUUAA